GAACAAGGUUGAUGCUGCCGCUUAAGAGUAGAGACUGCAUUGGAGUUGUGACUUUCUAGACGUGUUCGUAAAACAACUGAGGCUAGAUUUACACUUUUUAAGGUUUACCCAAACCUGCUAAAAAUGUCGUUUGAUAACUCUCCAUUUGGUGGAGGUGCAGAAGGGGCAGGCGGUGAUGCUGAGUUGAAAGCCUUUCUGGAAAUUGAAGGUCAAAAAGCAAAAUUUCAGAAUCAAGUGCACACAUUUACUGACGUUUGCUGGGACAAAUGUGUAGAGAAGCCUAGCAACAAGCUGGACAGCAAGACAGAAACCUGCCUGGUCAACUGUGUAGAGAGAUUCAUUGAUUCAACGCUAACGAUGACUAAUAGAUUUCAACAACUCAUCAGUAAGCAAGCAGGACAUUAAUAGGAUCUAUCCCGUAAUACGCAGUGGAAUCCACAUGUCUUAAUGCAACAAGCUUCUGGACUUGGACAAAUGGAACUGUCUGGCACCAUGUAUGCAAGCAAGUACAUGGGGGGGAUGUACUCACUGAUUCGAUCAAGAUUGGAGAAACCAGGAUUUUUAUGGAUUUGGUUUAACAUUUGUACAGCAUGACCAGAGUUGUAGCCCUUUGUGGGCGGUGCCGAGUGGACCUGCCCAGAACUGCCAAAUUUCACCCAUCACUCUGAGCAAAAUACACUGUGCUGCCCAGCACAGAUUUCCUCCAGAUUGAACUUCAGCAAUGACGGCCCCAAAUCUAAACAUGAAUAAUUUUAUUGAACCCCUCGCCCGUGGUGGACUUAAUUGGAUUUAGAGCCCACCUUUAAAAACGGUCCAGCUACAACACUGAGUAUGACAUGCCAUUCUGCCUGUACCAGACUUGUACAUAUCUGCAGACGGAUCCUACACACACAAGUGGAUGAGUAGACUUGUGGACAAGUCGUUAAUGGUCUCCCGCGGUGAGAUAGUCAAGUUGUGGCGGUGCUCUCGCGAGAUCAUUGCUCUCGCGCGGCAAAUGCUGGUUGCCGACUUCUACUCCCCGUUAAAAGGGACCGUAGUCUUGAGAGCAGUAGUCUCGCGGGGCCAGCAGUCUCGUGAGAAUACCUGGGGAAUUGCGGGGAGAUUCGGAACGCUAUCACUGUGACAGACAUUUACGACUUGUCCAUAAGUCUAGUGGAUGAGUGACCUGGAGAUAUUUUAUCAAGAAUAUUUCAGGCCUGGAAUUUCAUCUUUGAAAGGGCAAGGCCAUUUUCAUUUUACAAAGGGUGCUUACAUUGGAAAAUCUUAACGCCAUAGGGAAACUUUUGAAGGAGCACCAAAGCCAAGAUGAGGGGUUAACGGGGGCCAUUGACUCCAUGUCCGGUGUGUAAUUCCAGGCCUGAGAUUUGCAACAACUAAUAUGCCUGUUAUCGUACAGGUAUAUUGGAGGCUACUAGCCAGCCUCAUUGCCUCUUAAAGGCACUGGACACUAUUGGUAACAACUCAAAAUAAUUAUUAGCAUAAAACCUAGUUUUUGAGACGGAA